CAAGUUCCAGCUCCAAGCUCGCUGAAUCGCGCCCAGCGCCCCGUCCCCACCGAAGCUAGAACCUCACCGAGGUGAGUUGUACACCUUGCAUUCGACCGGCACCCACCCGCCGCGCAAUUUAGUAAAUGAAGCCGCGACGGACCAUGUAAUUUAAAAGUCCAAAUUGGAGGAGCCGUUCAAGAUGGAGCGGCCUUUUUCAACCUCCAAAGUCACAGUCGAGUACUUCGAUCCCCACGACGUCUACAAGCUCGUCACCCCGGGCCUCAUUCCACGACUCCCUCUCCGAAAUCUCCAUUGGCAGUCACAUGCUGGACCUUUGCGAUCGAUCGAUACCCUCCACGUCGAGCUCACACCUGCUGGAGGAGACCCAGCUGCCCCAAUCUCGCCAACCAUCUCCCCUUCGCUUCGCCGAUCAGUCAGCGCCGGCGCAAAGGACGAUGGCUUCCAGACACAGUCAAUUGGAGGCAAAAGUACAUCUUCAGAUAUCUCCGAUACGCCAACAGUAACGGCGCGGCAACCUGGCAAGGAACGGCGUCACCAAAUACCAGGACUGAGGCGAACCCCCUACCUCAAGGUCCUGCUCGUUCGAUGCGACGACAGCGACACAUACAAAUCCCAAACAAGGGCGGAGAUCAGAGAAUGGAUCAAGAAAAACACGCCGCCCUCCCAGUCUACCCGGAAGUUGAACACACAGGAGAACCACGAUGCCUUUGAGUUCUUGAUCAUUCAUGUCGUAAUACCCAAUACUUUCGCGGCAAAUCAGCCCAGAGUCAGCGGAAAGGGCCUCGAUGCUGCCGAGAAGGCAAGGUCAUCAAGAUGGGGCUCUGGAUCCUCAACACUGUUGGAGAAGCUUCGGUCCGACUUCAACAGUUCCAGCAAGGGCGCGAUCGAUCGGGUGGCCCAGAUUCGUAUCGGCAUCAACGACGUUCCAUACGAUGUACUGCCUCGAGUUGUUCCCGCCACCCCAACUGGUUAUACCGAGUCGCGUCAGGAUGCUGAAAACGCAUGGGAUGACCUUGUUGGCAAAUUUAAGGAACUGAUUCUGUCAUCCUUUGACAUGAGGGUGUCCCAGUACGAGGAAGACAUCAAGGAAAAGGACGCUCAGCGGGUUCUACCGGGUUGGAACUUCUGUACCUUCUUCAUACUCAAGGAGGGUCUUGCGCGUGGUUUCGAGAGCGUCGGUCUUGUGGAGGACGCCUUAGUCGGCUACGACGAGCUCAGCGUUGGUCUUGACACCGUCAUUCAGGAACAGGCCACAUCUGGAGAUCCCCAGACGCACGGAGGCUCCCUCUUGAGCCACACAGAGGACCUCGUGAGGCGAGCCGAGGCUGCUGUAGCGGAACUGGGUGCUGAGGACGGAUCUCUAGAUGAUGAUCAGCCUGUUGAUCUACAGGCCACGGAUGCCUCCAAAACGGACAAGUUCGACGACAUUCCUAUCAGCGCAACGAAAAAGCCGUACCGCGAAAUGAUAGUCGCCAACAACGUGUCAGUCUUUGACUUCCGCUGCUACAUCUUUGCGAGACAGAUAUCGCUGCUGCUCCGUCUUGGUAACGCCUGGUCGACUAGGGAAGACCUCCUGGCAAAACUUAGAGAGCAACAGGAGUCCGUCCUUCACGGUGUUGCACCGCAAGCGCUGCCCCCAAAGCAGACAGAUGAAGCCGAAAACCUGUCCAUGUUGGCCGAGAUCUGCCGCAGGACACUGGAGUUUGUGCCGGCUGUCUCGCAAGUUAUGAGAGCCGACAUCUUGGCCGCGUUGAAGGACAAGCUUACCGAGGAAGAUUCCCCGAUUCUUAAUCCCGUCUUGGCAGAAGCUAUUGACAAUCUUGUUGCCUCCUUCGCAUUUUCCGUCGCACAACAGAUCCUUGCUCAAACAUCGAGCAAAGCACUGCCCAUACCCCCGUCUACGCUGACUCCAUCCGACGGCCAUGAGCCAAAGUCGUCAAUUCCCGAGUUGAAGACUAUGUUACACCCUGCUAGAAACUCGUCUCUGCGCGUGGGAACAGGUUCCAACACGAGCACCAGACCAUCACCUAGUCCUGGAAUAUUUCCCGGAGGUACAGGACCUAACCCCGAUGACAACACACCAGCCAACGUCCAGUUUCUCAAAGCUGGCCUGGAGGAGCUCGCUGCGCGUCGUGCAGAGCUAUACGCCCUGUCUAGGAAUGUCCUCCAAGGUAGCGGAAAGAAACGAGGUUGGGAUAUCGGAUGGACAUCUGCGCCAGUACUGGGGGAAAUGGAUGGCAACGACUUUGAAGACGUUGAUCUUGACGGUGAUGAUCAGAAGUCGCAGGCGGACAGCCAGGAAUCGCUUUGUAUAGGACUGGCUGGCAUUGAAAACGGCCUUCUACACACUGCGCUCGACAGCAGAGACGACUUCUAUCGUCUGUACGAAACACUAACAGACAAGGCUUUGCGCCAUUACACUGUGGCCAACCACACGCAUGCAGUCAAGACUAGCAUGGCCGACCUCGCCGUGCUCAAGUAUCACCUUGGCGAGUAUGGCCCCGCCGCCUCAUACUUUUACAUGACUACACCAUUUUUUGGCGAGAACAGCUGGAGCCUGUUGGAGCUAUCCAUGCUUGUCAUGUACUCUCGAUGUCUGAAGGAACUCCAGCGUAAGGACGAAUUUGUCCGUGUGGGACUGAAGCUCUUGACGAAGGCAGCAGCCGCAGAAAAUGAGAAGCUUCAACAGAAGAAGCCGUCAAUUGCAGCUCAAAUGGAGGUUCAGUACCCCGAGAAAAGCGCAAUCGCCGGCUUCCUCGAUGACGUGUUGAGCGUGGCCAAGACCCUGUCCAACGAGGUCAGGGUGCCUCUGGGGCAUCUUUUCACACAAGUUGAAGUCGUCGGGCACCCAGCCUACCACACUGGCAAAGACUGUUUCUCUUUCACCAUUAAGCUAAGAAGCCUGCUCAUAGAUGACCUGAGCUUGGAGAAGGCUGCCAUUCGUUUGUCCCGGACGUCAUCCGGAGGAACGAAGGAGCUUUGGCUACAUACUUCCGAGGCCAACGCCCUGAAGCCAGGGAUCAACGAGUUGCAGCUUACCAGCACUACAAACGUUGCUGGUCACUACAGGAUUGACCGGGCAGAUUUGAUUUGCAACAAGGUCGACCUCCACUGGGAGCGAGACGUCAACCAAACACCCAGCAAGACGGCACAGAUCUUCCGUCUGCCCGACCUGGAACUCUAUCGCCCAGUCGGCGGCCUGAGCUGUCGCCUAACGGCGGCAAGAGACAUUCAACUGGACAAGAACAACUCACUUGACUUGGAACUCUUAACAGGAUGGAACUCCAUCAAGUCCUGUGAACUUUCGGUGAAGCCGUCGACCGGCGGUCUUCGAAUCAUCUCGACCGAAGCAACGUUCCUUGGACCCGCACUCGAAUAUGAGAAGCCUUUGGAAGCCGGACUUUUCCGUUUCGGAAGCAUCACUGCGUCGUCCGCCAUCGAAAUGCGUUUUCCGUACACCAUCGAGCAAGAUGUUCCAAGUAUUUCGGCUAGAGUUGAAAUGACUUACACUACAGACGAGGGCACUUUCACCUACUCCAAUGUGUUCUCGGUCCCUGUGGCGCUCGCCUUGGGCGUUAAUGUUCAGGAUGUUUUCAAACACAAUGCCUUAUUCUCCCGCUUCAGCGUCUCGACAGCCUCGCUGAGCCCGCUCAGAGUGUUCAAGACACAUCUCAUCGACUCUGAUGUGUUUGCUGCCCAUUCUGCAGCCCAGCCAAACAAAUCCGUCGUGGUGUUCCCGAAGCAGCCUGCCAGUCUGCUUUACAAGAUUACACGCAAAGCUUCAGGCAACACCACACCGAAGACCCGGCGGACCCUGUAUCUGAAGCUUCAUUACAGCGUUGUCUUGGAUGAGAUUAUUGCUCUCGUCGAAGACUCCUUGUCGAAGUUUAUUGGGGAAUCCCCUUUAUCUUCAUUCUCAGGUCUGUUGAUCAACCGCGUCCUUGCAGAGGUGCGGUCAAGCCUUUCAGCUUAUGACUUGGAACGGGCUGCCCUCCUCGGCGAGGUUUCCACGGCCUUCGUAUCGCCAUUGCUAUCAGAAAAGAUCUUCAGGGGCCUGGGUACAGGGCCUGGCGGCGAAGGAGACGCUUCUACAGCUCUUCGAGCAUUUCUUCUCUCCUGGCAAUCAGCGCAUCCAAAGUUGACCAUCAAGGGAAUCGAGUCGACUAGUCGAUCUAUCCUCAUUCCUGUCGAUGUUCCUUCUAUUCCCGUUUUUCACUCGGUCGAUAUUCAGCUCCCACCGCCCGACGAGCAGAUAGCAGGUUCAACCCUCGCCGUCAAUCAGCUGCUAUCUGCCAAUUUACGUCUACGGUGGACCCGCAUCUGGGACACAGCUGUCAGCGAUGGCAAAGGCAUCAAUAGGGACUACGAGUUCAGCUUUGAUGUGACUGGCACGGGUGACACAUGGCUCAUCGGUGGCCGGAAGCGCGGCAACUUCAAGAGUUUGGGAGUAGACAAGUCGGAUGCCAAGUUUGGGGAAUCCGAGUUGCACGUUCCCGUACUCAUCGUCCCGCUGCGCGAAGGGCGGCUGCCCUACCCUAACGUGGAAAUCCGCGAGGUCAAGAAGGAGGAAAAUGACGAGACAGCUGGACACCAUGAGAUCGACUACCAAAACAUUGGAGAAACAGUACGAGUCGUUGCUGACUUGCAGCGGGUGACGUUGAGUCUGGAUGCUAGUGGCCCCAGUGGUGGUCCAUUGGUUCUUGAGAGCGAGCGACGAGAGUUCCAUCAUCGUAUUUUGUUGUGAUAAUACCGCAAUUAUCUUUCUUCGGCCACUUGGCAGUCUGUUGUAGUCAAUGAGAAAUACAAUGACAACAAGUUGAAGCCAUUCGCAUUGGGUCCGCUGCUUCGUGAGCUCAUAUGCCAAGCACAGUGCCGCUCUUCUCGGGGUUGCCGAUCUCUCCAUGUAAGCUAGCCGCAACUUCACGUUGCCCGACGAAACCAUGUGAUUACUUGCAUUUACCCACUCGUCCCACUUUGAG